CUGCGGUCAGCACCUUUCCGCUGUGAUCCUAUCUCCAAAUUCAAGAAAUCAUAAAUCAUACCGAGUUCUACCAGUGCUUCGACUGUCUUGUCCCACUACUCUACAACUACAACCAAAUACUAUCUUCACUUCAACAAUCAUGUCAUCGACAUUCUCACUACACUCCAACAUUUCGGAUGAGGAACUUCCCAGCUACGAAGAGGUUUCGCUUCCUCCCAAUGUCACCAUCGAAGAAAGAGAAAUCUCCUCGGACGACGAAGACGAAGACGACUACGAACAAUCAGAGACGAGGAAAACCAUCAAGCAAAGCACAAAGACGUUCGCCAGCAUAAAGUCAUUCCUGUCUGGCUCGGUUGCUCCUCCAGCCGAGUUCACAAAAUCCAUCAUCACAUUCGACCAAACGGUUGUACCGAGUCGUCCCAAGGCAGACCGUAAACCUUCAUUCAAACGUGAGUAUACUUUGCUUGGUAGAAUACAAUUUGAAUCCAUGCUAACAAUUCUUGUCAGUCGCUCCCAUCCAAACAUCAACUUUGCAGUCACGCAGAAAUGCCAUGCGCUCAAAUUUGCGAAUGAACAACACCGUUUGAGAGCCUCAUCUCGGGCCGAACGAUCAAGUUCUCAUUUUGAUGUUAUCAUGACCGACACGAAUCUGGUUUUCAGCAUAUGCAGGAUAGGAUUCCACCGGAGUUUUUCUACUUUUCCAUUUAUGUUUUGUUUCGUCGUUGUUUCUUAUAUACCCCAAGCAUGGCAGGAACCAGCGUUGCUCUCUCGUUUGUUGCAAUUUCUAUUUCGAUGGUGGUAUUCGGCUUUGGAAGGGAGGGUCGGGCGGUUUCUCAAGAAUGGAUGACCUAAGUGCAGGUGGAGCGUUGACGAGAAUUGCUCUGAGCGAUAUGUGUAUAGCUUAGUAUGUAUAUCUUUAUGUAUCAGGU